GUUGAGGCGUGAAUGCGUGCUGCGAACGUGCUGGCGAAGGCACGCACAUCAGGAUUUUGUUGGGAUCAUUUUUUUUCCUCGGUAGAACGGGAGUGCGAGCGUUCGGAGGAUAUUCUAAGGACCUGUGUGACUUUAUCCUAGUGGUGCUCACUGACUGGUUAAGAACUGAAGUGUAUGUGCAAGGUUCGUGUUAAAGGGUGUGUGGUGUGAAAGCAAGCGAACACGUGUGUCUGUGUAUUAGUUUUGAAGCUGCAGCGUGCAAAGGAUACGUGAUCGAUGCGUUCUCCGCACCCCGUUCAUCAAUCAAUACCGUUUCGCUUAUGAGCGUAACGCCUUGUAACGCUUCAUUUUCAUUCUACUACUGAAAAAGGACUGUUUGUGUAUGCGUAUGUGCAGCGAGCGACGAUAAAUCCUUUCGCGGGGGAUAUCACAGGAACAGCGGAUAUCGUGAAUCGAUCAACAGCGAUUUUGAAGCUAAGCGCUCGUUUGUUUAUGUGAACCGCGGUGAAACCUGUGUGUGUGUGUGUGUGAUCGAACAAAAAGGACAAAACACGGUUACCCAAUCAAUCAAUCCACACAAAAAUACGCAAUCAACCAAAUCGACGUAAAAGUGUGUUGCCAGGAACACCCGGACCCACCGACCGAAGACAAUCUAAGGGCUGUGGCCCCGAACUUUGCCCCGUACUAAACGCUGCUGGACGAGGAAGUUAUGUGCGUUACGUUGAAGUGAGCCAGUGAGCUAGCGAUUCUAAAACACUCACAACCACGCGUCAGCCACGCGAUUGAACUUUGCCCCCGGGGGAGUCUCAUUCAAAAACGGUGCAUCACAACACGGCCAAGAUGGGAUACAUGGCGGCGCAUCCCAAGCCUCGAACUCCAAGCAAAAGACGAACGAGAGUCAUGAUGUUGGCGUUGCUGUUCGUUGCCGGUUGCACACUGUCCUGUCCGUCGGUGGCAGCCAUCACGACAACGGACGCCCUGGUGGAGGCAACACACACAACGCUCCCGGUGACGCUCGGUGAGCGUGAAACGGAGACCACACCCGACCACUCGGUCGAUCUGAGCGAAGCGGAAACCAAGGACCCAACGCAACGGUUGGAGAUCAUCAAGCAGAUCCGCAAGGUGAAUCAGGAUGGGUCGUACACGGUCGGGUACGAAGCGGAGGACGGUACGUUCAAGAUCGAAAGUCGGGAUGUGCUGGGUAACAUCAAGGGUACGUACGGGUACAUCGAUGCGAACGGUGACAUUAAGCGUGUGUCGUACGGUGGUCAGCCGACUCAGACCAGCCCGAUGGUAUCCACGCCACACACACCCGAAGAGGAGAUUGUCCACAUACCGCCAAGGUUCAACCGUACCCAGCAUCUACUGAUGCCGACCACCCGCCGGCCACCAAACUAUCAUCCACCGCAGCAGCUACAGCACCAUCAGCAUCUGCACCACAACCCCCAGCAUGCCAGCACACUGCGCCCAAGCGUCAUACAGACUAUACCGCGCAAACGUCACGGUUACUCAGCGACCUCCACCACAGCAACGCCACCAACGAGCACCGCUGGCACAACGAUGGCAAUGAACGGUGGUUCGUCCACCACCAGCACCACCACCACAACCACAACCACCACCGAAAGCACGGUCACAUCGGCCGCCACCGAAACUGGAGGCCAUCUGGCAGCAUCCUUCGGUGAGCCUACAGCAUCCUCAACGCACACCUCACCAUUGCACACGAAGCCCGGUACGUUGCUUAUCAUUCGUCCAACACCGCUACCCUACCAGUCUGGCAAGACCGCCGAACAGCUUGCCCGUCCCGAACGACUCGAAGCAGGCAAGUACACACACGCCCCAUCACCCUCGAAGAAACCCGUCCGUGGUAACUUCCUGCGCCGUCAGCUGGCAGCACCGGCGGUCAGCGAAUCCGGCGAACAGUACGAAGCACAGCCGCAGCAAAUCGUUUACGGCCAGUCGGCGGCGGACGGUGAGCUCGGCAGCAUCUAUGCCGGCGGUGGUAAACCACUCUACACGACCCACCCAACGCCACGCAUCCCAGCCGCCGUGCUAGCCGCACGUCAACGAGCCGCCCACAUCCAGAGCGUACUGCAGGCACAGUCGCAAUCCGCGCCAGGUGCACUUCCCGAGCGGCUAACAACGGAGCGCGUCUACGUAAAGCAACCGGCCCGCCCGAUCAACGGGCAUCGGCACGAACCAGCACCGAUCGUGUACGAAACUUCCACCGAACCGAGCUCCGAACACAGCUACGUUACCGAUGGUCCCGCGUCAUCGUCCGUCGUGCAGAUACCGGCCGCCAACCGUGUACUGGCGGCAAACGAAGCGGAAGCUCACGCCGAAGAACGGCGUCCCAUCUUCCGUCCGCGGCCAAUCGAGUUCCGUCCGCGUGAUGAUAAUCCCUCACCUGCCGCCGGUCGUUUCCGAACACCGUACGGGCUACCUCCACCCUAUGCACGCUCGUUCACACCACUGCCACCGCCGCAGGAUUCCCCGUACGGUGGACGUGUUGCACCAGACGCGGACGAUAAGGAUCGUGAAGCGGACGAACCACAGCAGCAACAUUUGAACAGCAUCCUACCCUACAGACAGCAGCGUCGUCUUAAUGGGGGUCUUAACCUUCCGGCAGGAGACCCAGCCUACCACCAGCAGCAGCAACCACUGAGCGCGACACAGCAGCAGCAGAACUCUUACCCUGUCCCGAUCCCGUACAAUCCGGCCCAGUACCCUCCACAUCUAGGCGGCGGACGACUACCAUCCAGUCCGUACUACUACGACAUUCCCCCGGAGCGGCCUCUAACAGCGCGUGACUUUGAGCGUAUUCUGCAGGUACUGAUCUUCCGCCAUCAGCAGCAGCAGGUCGCACAGCAGGUAUCGCGAUACCGUCUGGGAGGAGGCUAUGGUGGCUACAAUGGUGGGUUCCCGUACAAUCCUUACUUCCCCGGACCAUCUCCGUCGCCGUACGGGCUCGGAGGCCCCUACCUCGGCGGAGGUUAUCCUCAGCAGCAGAUCCCACGACCACCGCUACCCUUCCCAUACGGAGGUGGACCGUACGAUGGGCAUCAGGGUUAUCAGAACCCACUGUACAGUCCUUCCGCACCGAGCGCCAAUGUGCGCGGUGGUGUGGAUGGUGGUCAACCCGAUCCUGAUGCCGGUGGGUACGGCACUGUUCUACCGGCCGCCGCCCGACGCAACGGUCAGUACUAUCAGUCACCGCUGGACGCAGGCUCCUCGGCCGGUGGGUCACUCCGUUCGGCCGACUAUCUACCACCGGAGGUACGCGAAAGUCUUCUGUACCGGAUGCUGAUGCUCGCGAUACAGGCACCUGGCGGGUCGGGUGAGGUGUUACCGCUCGCCGCACCAACUGGACCCUCCAACCAGCAGCUACCGUUGCACCAUCUGCAGGGUGCGUCCUCGAUGCCACGACCCCAGGCGCAACCAACCCAUCGAGAACAGAGCCAUGCGGGACAGGGACGUCCGGAUGGGCAGAGUACGGUGACGGCGGCUGCCACCAUGCUACCGAUGUACAGCAAAAAACCCGUGCGAAGUGUACAAAUUCUUGGUGAAGAGUAGUGCAGGGCGGCAUCCAAUACCGCAUUCAUCCCACCCAACGUCCUGCAUGUUCGAAGCUAGAAGGUAGACUUGUUUUUGGUAGUAGUGUACACAAUUAUUAGGCUGUUAGAUUACUGUAGGAUGUCCAGGUCGGAUGGCGUAUCAGCCCAGCAAUAUGGCCGCCAUCCAGGACAAAAAGCUAUCACUCUCCCCCUGUAUAGCAUUUAGUUUCGUUGUAUUAUUGUUCUUUUUUCCCUCUGCUUUGAUGACGUAUUGGCGACGUACCAGUAGAAUAAGAUGUACCAAAGUUAAUCUCACAAACACAAGCUCACGAUCCUGGCGACUGUCAUGAUUUGGAGAAAGAAAAAAAAAGAUGGUGCACGAGGCGUUGCGAUAAUGCGUAAAUCCUUGCUUUUGACAAGUGUUUGUGUUUGUGUCUGAAGUUACCAUACGCGAGCGACGUUUCGCUUCAAAAUUAUUGCAACUUUUGAGCUGCUUUCAUCAAUAAAACUAAAUAAAAUAGAUAA